AGAAUCCAGAGUCCAUCUCUCUCACUAUGAUGACUUGCGGAUCUUCACGUUUGGAAACCGCUUCCCUCAUCCUGCAGAAAUCAUCAUUUGGGUCUCUCCAAUCCAUAGAAAUUUCCAAUCUUCUAUUGAGUUCUUCUCUAUCUUCAUGCAAGAUCCCCAACAACAGCCACGGUUUUCCAGGGUUGCGGCUCAGGUCUGGACAUGAGACAUCUCUCUGUAGACAUCCAAUGUCUGUCUCUGAAAAUGCUUCCAUAUCGAUGGGUAUCCCCGCCCAGAGGACCUCGAAUCCGAUUGUGGUGAUUGAUAAUUACGACAGCUUCACUUACAAUCUCUGCCAGUAUAUGGGUGAGCUGGGUUGCGACUUUGAAGUUUAUCGAAACGAUGAGCUAACAGUGGAGGAACUGAAAAGCAAAUGUCCAAGAGGAGUGCUUAUUUCUCCUGGACCUGGAGCACCCCAGGAUUCAGGAAUCUCGUUACAAACUGUGUUGCAACUCGGUCCUAUAGUACCCGUGUUUGGUGUCUGUAUGGGACUUCAGUGUAUUGGGGAGGCUUUCGGAGGGAAGAUUGUGAGAUCGCCUUCUGGAGUAAUGCAUGGUAAAAGCUCCCUUGUCUAUUAUAACGACGGAGAGGAAAACAGCUUAUUUACCGGGCUAUCAAACCCAUUUAUUGCUGGUAGAUAUCACAGUCUUGUGAUUGAAAAGGAGAGUUUCCCCCAUGAUGAACUUGAAAUCACUGCAUGGACUGAGGAUGGUCUGGUUAUGGCUGCCCGCCAUAAGAAAUAUAAGCAUAUAGUGGGUGUACAGUUUCAUCCUGAAAGCAUUAUAAGCACCGAGGGGAAAUCGAUUGUUCGCAAUUUUAUCAAGUUGAUUGAGAAAAGUGAACUGUUGACCUCAGAGUAAGAGCCCGGUAUUUCUUGUAGCCUGUUCAAAGUAGAGUGCUUAAAGCACUCUAUAUAUUUAAGUUUCAAUCUUGGUGUUGUCUAUGUAAACUUUGUGUCCUUAAGGAAAGCACUCAUAUGGGAUGCUUAUGAUUAUUAUAUUUCAAAUGAAUAUAAUGUGAUAUAUUUACAUA